GUGAUGAUCCUACUUCAGAGAACCAACGGAGACUGGUGGCAGGUGAGGAAGGCGGACGCCACCGAGGGCUUUGUGCCCGCCAACUACGUUAAAGAGGUGGAGCCCAAGGUCGUGCAGAAGGUCAUCAAGCAGCCUGUCAAGGUCCCCGAGAAGGUCAAGGUCAAGAAGAUUGUGAUGAAGAAAGAAGUGGUGAAGAAGAAGAAGAGCCGGUCUUCUUUGAGGCGUGCGCCUUCUGUGCGGUCCAAGUCCAACCUUCACUUCGACAAGGACAACGUGGAGUCAAGGCAGAGAGGCCUCACCACGCAGUACUCUAAGCUGGUCAAACUCUCUCAGGCCAGAAAGAUCAGCCUGGAGGACGCUAUCAAGCUGUUCCACUUCUUCAGCGAAUGCAACGAGUUCGAAACCUGGAUGAAGGAAAAGAACCUGCUGACUAGUCUGGCCGCCAACAAGGGCCGUCUGGACGCCAUUAACCAGCUCGCUGACGUCAUCGUCAAGUCCGGAAGUUCACAGAAGGACAAGGUCACUCAGCGGAAAAAGGAAAUUAACGACAGAUGGGAGAGACUGAACCAAUUGAAGGUUGAGAAAGAAAAGAGCCUGAAAGGAGCCUCCAGGGCCAGGCGGGCUCCCGUAAGGACACACUGAGUGACGCCAACAACCAGCAACGAUUUAACGACGACGCCAAGGACUUGCUGCUGUGGGCCAGUGGUGUGAAGAGGACUCUGGCCAGUGCUGAGAUGCCCCAUGACGUCAAAAGUGCUGAGGACAUGCUAAAGGCUCAUGACGAGGUGAUGGACGACAUUAAGGCACACAGGGACAAGUUUUCAACAGAGAAGCAGACCAGAUCGAUGCGGUGACCAGCAGCCAUGAGGCUUUCCUGGACUUUGACGACAUGGGGAGCACCGUGGAUGACGUGGAGGGUCUGUUCCGACGCCACGAGGACUUCGAGAAGAAACUCCAGGCCCAGGAUGACAAGGUCAAGGCCCUGAAUGAACUCGCCGACAAACUGGUGGCCGAGGGUCACCCGGACAGCGAGAAAAUCGACAAACGUCGCAAGUCUGUACUGGAGAGAAGACAGAAGGCCAAGGACCGGGCCGCGGACAGACACCAGGCUCUGCUGGCCUCCCAGGCCUUCCAGAAGUUUAAGAGAGAUGCUAAUGAGCUGUCUGAUUGGAUGAAGGAAAAGAUGAAGACUGCGACCGAUGAGUCUUACCGGGACCUUAGCAACCUGCAGGCCAAGCUUCAGAAACACGCGGCCUUUGAGGCAGAACUCAAGGCCAACAACGAGAGACUGAAAGGACUGAUUUGGACAGAGAGAUUCAGGGUCACCAGGGCGCCAUCGACAAAGUGACGUCGGAGGGUGACCGUCUGGUCGCUGGUCAUCACUUCAACUCCAAGGCCAUCCGAGACAAGAACCAGGAGCUACAGGUGUCCUGGGACGACCUGCUGAAGAAGUGCAAGAACCGCAAGAAAAAUCUGGACAUCUCUCUGCAGACGCAGAAGUACUUCUCUGAGGUAGCAGAGGUCGAGGCGUGGAUCAACGACAAGAUGGCGCUGGUCACCAGCAAAGACUUCGGCAAGGAUGAAAACGCCGCAGACAAACUUCUAGCUAAGAACAAUGUGUUGGAGACAGACAUCCAGACGUACCAGGCGAUCGUCAACGGGCUGGGCAAGGAGUCGUCUCGUCUCUUCAAGCUGGGAUACUCGGACCCGCAGGCGCUGAGGAAAGCACAGGUCUGUCUUUGAAAUAAUAAUAAUGAUGAUGAUAAUA